GUCAUGGGGUGUUUACGAUUUUAAGAGAAAAGGGCAAUUUCGUCAAUUACGAAAAUAACAGCCAAAACCUCUCAACUUUCUCUCUGACUUAAUUUUCUUCUUCCCCAAGCACUCCUUCCCUCUCUCUCCCUCUAAAUAUUUUCUCACGCUUUCCUUGUUCUCCUUCUCAAUCUUUCCUUCUCUACAAUCUCACAAUCCAAUUCUCGCUCCUUAUUAAAUAAUUUCAAUUUUUCAUUCCCAUUUCCAUCUUUCCAUCAAUUAUUUUAGGGAUGUUCGUUUCUAGGGUUUUAGCUCGCGUCUCCAGGACCAUCCCCAGGAGCUCCUUGCUCCUUUCUUCUCCACAAAAUCACCACUUUCCGAAUCUCUCCAAUCAGUUUCAUUCCCUUGUCAAUGAAUCCUCCAUCAAGAUGGCUCAUGGCCAGGUGUCUCUAUUCCAUCUGAGUUCUUCUCCCUUUCAAAGAUUUGGUUUUGCUUCUUCUGCGUCCCCUGAGACUUCUGAAAAAGAGCAGGGGAAUAAUUCAGAGAAUAAUGGAGAUGCUAAAGUCUCCAGUGAAGCUGCCUCUGGGCAGAGUGAUGUCGAUGAUCAGACAAAAGAUUCAGGUUCUAUAUCUGAUUCUCAGUCUUCUAUGUCUAAUAAUGUCAAAACAAGGAGAAGAACUAAACGAACAGCAUUUUCUGAUUCAGAUUCCGACGAGGAUUUGAGCAUAGAUGAUCUGGUGAAACUUGUGGCUGAGAAGGAAGAGCUUUUGAAGCAAAAGCAUAAAGAGAUUGAGAAAAUGCAAGACAAAGUCCUGAGAAGCUAUGCCGAAAUGGAGAAUGUCAUGGACAGGACUCGGCGUGAAGCAGAGAACUCAAAGAAAUUUGCCAUUCAGAAUUUUGCAAAGAGUCUACUUGAUGUUGCAGACAAUUUGGAACGAGCUUCUUCAGUUGUCAAAGAAAGUUUUUCAAAGAUUGACACAUCUAAGGAUUCAUCUGGGGCUACUCCACUUUUAAAAACACUUCUAGAGGGUGUUGAAAUGACAGAAAAACAACUUCUAGAGGUAUUUAGGAAGUAUGGACUAGAAAAAUAUGACCCUACUAAUGAGCCAUUUGAUCCACAUAGACAUAAUGCGGUCUUCCAACUUCAAGAUGCUUCUAAGCCUCCAGGAACUGUAGCUGUGGUUCUGAAGUCGGGUUACAUGCUUUAUGAUAGAGUUAUUCGGCCAGCUGAAGUUGGUGUAACUCAAGAAGCAGAGAAUGAAUGAUUAUGCAAAGAUAGAGCUUUGCCGAAGAGGAUUCUCAUCUCAAGCUUCACUUGGCUUACGGGUGUCAACAAGAAAAUUUUGCAAUGUUUCGAGAAUUGUAUCAAGUACAAUAAACAAUAAAUUUUUCUAGUUAGAAUUUCUAUCACAGUAUAGAACCAUUUAUUUCUUCCCUGGCUGCCCUGUUAUUUAUUGUUUCGUUGUAAAAACAGUGAGACACUUUUUAUUUUCACUAACACACCUUCGAGGGUUGUAAACACCUAAAACAAUGAAGCGCUGUUUGUUGCUUAAAAA